GAGGGAAGUCAUCAGUUGAUUCUGAAUUUGCAACGAAGAAAGACGUACUAGUUGUGAUAGUUCAAUUUAGCAGCAAAUUUACAAAAUGUGGACUAAACUGUUAACUGUUGCAUGUGUUACUGUGAUGGUGUCCGGUGCCAGUAUUCAUCACCAUCAUCCAGAACCCACCCAUAAGUCCCACGUGGGAAAGCAUAAACGUCACGCCAAUUGGCAUCACGAACCGCCAGCGUAUCCAAUCGUCGAAUACGAUUAUGUUCCGGAACCAGUCGACUGCCCUGAACCCGAACCUGUCUACUAUCAUGAACCAGAGCCAGUCUACUACGCGCCGCCGGAGCCAGUCUACUACGCACCACCGGAGCCAGUUUACUAUCCCAAAUACGAACCAGUGUUCUACUCAAAGUACGAACCCGUCUACGAAGUUACGACGCCGCCAUGCAGCACGACGACAACAACACCGCCACCAACGACUACAACUACGACCACAACAACCACUACGCCCAAACCCAAAAAGCUGAAAAAACCUCUCAAGGAAGCACUGCUGAACAAACUUGUGGGAACAACAACCACGACAACGACCACUCGGCGUCCAUACGUGUAUUAAAAUUAUGGUAGAACACGGACUCAGCGGUUUGCAUCGUGAAAUCAUGCUAUAUUAGCAUUCAAAUACUUCGCAAAUCAAACUGAACUCUCAAAAUGAGGCUAUAGGAAUAGUUAUUUAUUAUACAUAAUUAGAUUUAUCGAUAAUGAAUAAAAUAGAUCUUUCGAUGUCACUCACAUUAAACUGAAAAACAAA